UGUUAGCCCAUAUUGACUAGACAAAUUAACAUGGGCAGAUCAAAAGACAAAAAUGAAAGAAAAAUACAUGACAUACUAAAUUAAAUAUGGGUUUGGUUGGGUCACCACUUGAUAACCAAUCUGAGUUCUGAAGCAAAACCCAGAAACACUGAUUUACAGUAUAUAGCUAAUCCUUGAGUUUCACUCUUCCAGGGGUGGAAAAGUUCACACAAAUUUUCAUUUGAGGGAACCAAGUGGCGGCUCUGGUCACACUUGCAAGACAGCACUAAUUGCCGUGAUGCAACUUAACUAUGCGUCGGAAAGCGAGCAUCCUGUUGACGUUAUAUCGUUAGUGCUUGAUGUUGAUUCUGCAGGAGCUAACAAAAGCCCGCUGGAGUCCUGUGAUUAAAGGCUGCCAUUGUUAUCUCAUUAGAGCUACCAGGUUAGCAAAAGGUGUGAGCCGCGGCCCCUUCAUGGGGAUAGACCAACACUGAGAUGGGCCCUAACAAACAUCAGGCUGCACACCCCUUUCUGAGGGAACCUCAAAGCUUUAAAUACAGAGGAUGAUCUGAAUACAUCAGAGUUCAUUUGGAAAGAUUAAUCAUCUGUCAGAUGGGAGCUUGGGUGAAACUGGGAGACACCAGGAACCAUAUAAGACAACUGUAGAUUGUGAGUGGAGUGCCAUGUGGAUAGUCACAUGGUCUCUUGGUGAAGUUAGUGAUUCGAUUUAUUAACAUAGCCUACUGUAGAUGUUAGAAACACCUUCACAUGUUAAUUUUUUUGAACAUGUUCGGUUUUUCUUAAGUGCAGGAGUCUCUGAAGGGGAAAGGGGGUGCAACGCACAUGGGAGGGAUCUUGACGUCUAUCACUCUGGCGCAGUGAGGCAUCCAGACGCGCAGAGCGCACUGCGCGUCUCCACGAGUGACAGUGCCAACACAACAUCAAGAGCACACUGGGCACACAGCACCAUUAGAAUGAAAACUCUGUGACUGCUAUCAAACAUAUGAUGGAACUCCAUAAUCUUCUGGACUGUAUGUGGAUCGGUCUUUUCCUAAUCGGAUUUAUCCGCGCAUGUGUUUGCGGAGACGCGCAUCUGAGGGGCUUUUAAAGAUCUAGCGCUCCCGCAGUCUUUAUACUGGCGUAUGGAUUUGACUGCGCUCAUUUAAUCAGGAGAUCACAGCGAGCUGGAUUAUCAUUCAGCACAACACUGGAUACAACAUUACUUUGCGUUCACACAAUGUAUGGAAUAAAUCAGCGCUGCUUGUACAUCUCUUUUCAUUUCUUCGUGGUGUGGUGUCACGCGCAGGGGGAGAAGAAUCACCCUUCUCCUAAUUUUAAGCAGUAUGUGAGGGAACAGGGCUCACUGACGGACCAGCUGAGCCGGCGGCAGGUUCGAGUCUACCAGCUGUACAGCCGAACCAGCGGCCGACACGUGCAGAUCCAGGGCAAGAGAGUGAGCGCCACCGCCGAGGACGGGAACACUUUCGCCAGACUUUACGUGGAGACGGACACCUUCGGAAGUCGUGUUCGGAUCAAAGGAGCAGAGAGCGGCAGAUACCUCUGUAUGAACCGCAGGGGGAAACUCGUGGGCAAGCCUAAUGGCAGGGGAAGGGACUGCAUCUUCACAGAGAUCGUUCUGGAGAACAACUACACUGCCUUCCAGAACGCUAAAUAUGAAGGCUGGUACGUGGCCUUCAGCAGAAAGGGUCGGCCCAUCAAGGCUUCCAAAACCAGGGAGAACCAGCGGGAAGUUCACUUCAUCAAGCGCCUCCACAAAGGUCCUCUUCCCUUCCCCAACUCGGACCAACCCAAACACUUUGAGUUCAUCAGCUUCCCUCCGACCCGACGGGCUAAACGCAACAGAAAAGCCCACUCCGCUUCCUAACACCAACACUUCCGCAAACUCACAGACUAUUUUCCUGUUAAUACUAAGAAGAGGCAGCUUUAUUUUUAUAUAUUUUCGUACUUAAUGGACUUGAUGAAGCCAACAACACUGAACGGAUGCUCAUUGUAAAGGGUGACUUGUAAAUAUGGUAAAAGAGAAUGUAUAUAUUUAAUAAGCUGGUAUUUGUAUGUGUGUUGUGUGAGCAUUUUGUAAAGACUUUAAGACAAUAUGCUCAAUAGUAAAAACACAAUAAAAGAGCCAUUUCCCUUUAAGGGGAAUAUAAAUGUAAAAUGAAAUGAAUCGACAUCGGUUUUACAUUAUACCUCAUGCUCAUCUCCGGCUGAUUCUCAUCAAUUGCUUGCUAACUGUUCCUGUACUUUUAGCAACAAAUGAGAAGUAGCAGCAGGGCUCAGAAAGAAAUUAAUACUUUUUAUUCAGCAAAGAUGCAUUAUAUUGAUUUUUGUAAAGACAUAAUGUUUCAAAAGAUUCCUA